AUGGGCUCCGCCAAGUCCUCCAAAUCCUCCAAGAAGCGGAAACCCGUCGCCCCGCCGCCAGAGUCGGACUCCGAGCAGGAGGAGACGGUCCACGAGGCCGCCGCUGCCGACGAAUUCAACCAAGAGGAGCAGCCGCAGCCGCAGCAGCAGUCGGACGCAGGAGACGAGCACCAUGAGCAUGACAAGGAGGUGCAGGAGACGGGAAUGGAGAAAAAGAAGAAGAAGGACAAGGAGGGUUCGGGAAUCCUCACCAGCAUGCUCUUCUCGGAGCUCCCCAUCUCCGAGCUCACCGCCAAGGCCAUCAGGGAGAUGAACUACACCCACCUCGCCCAGAUUCAAGCUCGGUCGAUACCUCAUCUGCUGGAAGGAAGGGAUGUGAUGGGAGCUGCCAAGACUGGCUCAGGGAAGACCCUUGCGUUCCUCAUACCGGCUAUCGAGCUUCUCUAUAACCUGCAUUUCUCGCCGAGGAAUGGCACAGGAGUUAUUGUGGUUUGCCCUACAAGGGAGCUUGCCAUACAGACACACAAUGUUGCCAAGGAAUUGAUGAAGUAUCACUCACAAACCCUCGGAUAUGUAAUUGGUGGUAAUGGCCGGAGAACUGAAGCUGACCAGCUUGCAAAGGGGGUCAAUUUGUUAGUAGCUACACCAGGCAGGCUGUUGGAUCAUCUGCAAAACACCAAGGGUUUCAUAUAUAAGAGACUAAAGUGUCUUAUAAUUGAUGAAGCUGAUCGCAUUCUUGAGCAGAACUUUGAGGAAGAUAUGAAACAAAUAUUUAAACGCCUUCCCCAGAAUCGGCAGACAGUUCUUUUUUCUGCGACACAAACUAAAGAGGUUGAAGAUUUUGCCAAGUUGUCAUUUGAGAAAAACGAAGAAAGGAAAGAAAAACCUGUUUAUAUCUCAGUUGAUGAUGGUAAAUCAAAUGCUACCGUGGAAGGCUUACAGCAGGGCUAUUGUGUCAUUCCUAGCGACAAGAGGUUUUUGGUUCUGUAUGCUUUCCUAAAAAAGAAACAGUCUAAGAAGGUCAUGGUGUUCUUUUCAUCAUGUAGCUCAGUAAAGUUCCAUGCCGAGCUUCUAAAUUUUCUCCAGAUAGGGUGCGAAGAUAUCCAUGGGAGACAAAAACAGCAGAAACGAACUACAACAUUCUUUAACUUCUGCAAGGCAGAAAAGGGCAUCUUAUUAUGCACUAAUGUGGCAGCACGUGGACUUGAUAUUCCUGAUGUGGAUUAUAUUGUGCAAUAUGACCCUCCAGAUGAACCAAAGGAUUACAUUCACAGAGUUGGUCGUACUGCACGUGGUGAAAAAGGCAAAGGAAGCGCCUUAUUGUUCUUGUUGCCGCAAGAACUGAAGUUUCUUAUUUACCUGAAGGCAGCCAAGAUUUCUCUCACAGAAUACGAGUUCAAUAAUAAGAAUGUGCCAAAUUUACAAUCACACCUUGAGAACAUCGUUGGUGAGAAUUACUUCCUAAACCAGUCAGCUAAAGAAGCCUACAGAUCCUACAUCUUGGCAUACAACUCACACGCCAUGAAGGACAUUUUUAAUGUUCAUGAUCUUGAUAUGAAGGCUGUGGCAGCAUCAUUCUGUUUUAAGAACCCUCCAAAAGUGAACCUUGACUUGGAGAGCAGCGCUUCUAAACGUCGGAAGACAAGGAAAGUGGAUGGUGGGGCGAGGAGGCAUGGUAUCAAUGCCGCAAAUCCUUAUGGACGGAAGGGCGGUGAUGAUAACAGGCAAUUCGCAAGAUUCUAG